AUGGGAAUCAGAGCCUUGGCGCUCUGUUCGGCGUUCACAGUUUACUCAGGCAUCACGGGUUUUAAUCAAAGAGAGAAGGCAAUUCUAAAUAUCUGCAAGCAUGGGAAUCAGAGCCUUGGCGCUCUGUUCGGUGAGGCGAUAGUGUACGUGUUUCUUUGGUCUCGUGAAGCAGCGCCUGGAGGCAAUCGUGGCAAUGAGGCCGAGUGGCUAACGUGUCAAGCUCCCAUUCUGCACUGUCACGGUUCGACUCCCGCUGGGGGUGUUGAUAAGACCGAUGCGAGGAAAGCAAGGCUAUGUGAAAUUCAAUGGAAACGCACACGAGAAUCUGCCUUUCUCGAAGCCAUCCUCAGCGCUGGCCUGAUGCAUUCAAUCACGAUGGCCUGCAGCGUUGGAAAUUUGACGGCCUGCACUUGCGUGCCAGUCGUGAGCUCUUUGCCAGGAGAGCUAAACCUGUCAGGACUAAGCGGUCGCAGCAAUUUGGGCCGUACGAAGGACGCUGUUCCUACCCUCGUGAAGAUGGCAAGUUAUGAAGCGAAGAUCACUAGAGCAGAUGAAGAUGCACGCCUGGUGAAUGAAAUGCACAAGUGA